UCUAAACCUCGCCGAGGAAGAACCCGCAACAGCUCCAGCUCCUCCACCAUUCCCAUUUCCUAUUCCUAUCCGUAUAUUCUCUCUUUCUUUGCCCUCUUCUCUCUCUAGGUUUUUUUAGAAUCAGAACUUCCCGUGUAUUUCGGCUUUUUGGAUCCUCCUUAUGCUCCCCCAGCACUGAAUCUCGUAGAGUUCGCACCGGAUAAGGACUCUUCCUUUUUGUUUAAUCAUUCGCAGGUUUGGUCAUCCAUGGUAAUCUCCACCUAAUCGAAUUCGAAUCUGUUCGGAGCUUGCUCUUCUUUCCUCUCCUCGUUCUGGAUUUGUUUAAUCAGUCACAGAUCUAAGGAAAAUUGGAAGUUCCCGCUGCUUGGCGAAGGGAAGAUCUGAGAUUCUGAACGGCUCCUUUGUUAGGCGGAGCGGAAGAGAUUUUGGCAAUGUCGGUGGCUCCGAGUUCUACCGUUCCGACUCGGAACGACUCGCUGAUGUGUGCCAAACCGUUUGUGAACCAUCAGCUGAACGCGGUGCGUCUCGGUCGGGUCGGCGUGGGGAGGGUCGGGUCGGUUCGUGGGUUUGUCCCGAGCAGGUGUAGUGUACUGGAGAAGGGAUUCUACGGGAAGCGAUUGCGCUCGGCCGGUCCUGGAAAGUUGCAUCUUUGGCGAUCCGACGGUCCCGGGCGCGCCCCGGAGCUGAGAGUGGUGGUGCGAUCCGCAUUGUCGCUGGUGCCCGAGAAACCCCUCGGACUGUACGAUCCCUCGUUUGACAAGGACUCUUGCGGGGUCGGGUUCGUCGCCGAAUUAUCCGGAGAUAGCAGCCGGAAAACGGUAACUGAUGCACUGGAGAUGUUGGUGCGGAUGGCCCACAGAGGGGCUUGUGGUUGCGAGACGAAUACUGGUGAUGGUGCAGGCAUUCUAGUUGGUAUUCCUCACGAGUUCUACAGAGAGGUUGCUAAAGAAUCGGGCUUUGAGCUACCACGUCCGGGGGAAUACGCUGUGGGCAUGUUCUUCUUGCCCACAUCCAGAAAUCGAAGAGAACAAAGCAAAAUUGUAUUUACAAAGGUUGCGGAGUCACUUGGUCAUACUGUUCUUGGCUGGCGCUCAGUUCCAACAGAUAACUCAGGGUUGGGUAAUUCUGCUUUGCAGACCGAACCUGUUACUGAGCAGGUCUUUCUUACACCGACUCCCAGGUCGAAAGCUGAUUUUGAGCAACAGCUGUACAUAUUAAGGAGGGUUUCAAUGGUAGCAAUUCGGGCUGCAUUAAACCUUCAACAUGGUGGGGUAAGGGACUUCUACAUAUGUUCUCUCUCCUCAAGGACUGUCGUCUAUAAGGGUCAGUUGAAGCCCGUCCAGUUGAAGGAAUACUAUUAUGCAGAUCUAGGCAAUGAAAGGUUUACGAGCUACAUGGCCCUGGUACAUUCUAGAUUCUCAACUAACACAUUUCCAAGUUGGGAUCGUGCUCAGCCCAUGCGUGUAUUAGGUCACAAUGGUGAAAUUAACACACUUCGGGGCAAUGUCAACUGGAUGAAGGCACGCGAAGGUCUCCUGAAAUGCAAGGAACUUGGCCUGUCAAAGGAUGAGAUGAAGAAGCUUUUGCCAAUUGUGGAUGCUAGUUCAUCUGAUUCAGGGGCUUUUGACGGUGUUCUUGAGCUUUUGGUUCGAGCUGGUAGAAGUCUUCCAGAGGCCAUCAUGAUGAUGAUUCCCGAAGCUUGGCAAAAUGAUAAGAAUAUGGAUCCUCAUCGGAAGGCCUUGUAUGAAUACUUUUCAGCCCUCAUGGAACCAUGGGAUGGGCCUGCCCUGAUAUCAUUUACUGAUGGUCGCUAUCUUGGAGCUACACUGGACCGAAAUGGAUUAAGGCCUGGUCGGUUUUAUGUCACACACAGUGGAAGAGUUAUAAUGGCAAGUGAAGUCGGAGUAGUUGAUAUUCCACCUGAAGAUGUAUGUAGGAAAGGACGACUUAAUCCUGGCAUGAUGCUUCUGGUAGACUUUGAUAAGCAUGUUGUUGUAGAUGAUGAAGCACUGAAGCAGCAGUAUUCCCUUGCAAGACCAUAUGGGGAGUGGCUGGAAAGACAGAAGAUAGAGCUGAAAGACAUAGUAGAAUCUGUUAGCAAUUCUGAGAGAGUUCCUCCAACCAUAGCAGGUGUUAUACCAGCAUCUCAUGAUGAUCAUGACAUGGAAAAUGUGGGUAUUCAUGGUUUAUUGGCUCCUUUAAAGGCUUUUGGUUAUACUGUGGAGUCCUUGGAAAUGCUGCUACUGCCAAUGGCAAAGGAUGGGGUUGAGGCCCUUGGUUCAAUGGGAAAUGAUGCUCCCUUAGCUGUGAUGUCAGACAGGGAGAAGCUCACUUUUGAGUAUUUUAAGCAGAUGUUCGCUCAAGUUACAAACCCACCUAUUGAUCCUAUCAGGGAGAAGAUAGUCACCUCCAUGGAGUGCAUGAUUGGUCCAGAAGGCGAUCUCACAGAGACCACUGAAGCACAAUGCCAUCGGUUGUCCCUAAAAGGCCCCCUUUUAUCCACUGAAGAAAUGGAAGCAAUUAAAAAGAUGAACUACAGGGGCUGGCGCAGCAAAGUUCUUGACAUAACAUAUUCUAGAGAUCGUGGCGGGAAAGGGUUGGAGGAGACCUUGGAUAGGAUAUGUUCUGAAGCCCAUCGUGCAAUUAAGGAGGGUUAUACGGUACUAGUUCUUUCUGACAGAGGCUUUUCGCCAAAACGUGUGGCUAUAAGCUCCCUUUUGGCUGUUGGUGCCGUCCACCAUCAUCUAGUUAAAAAGCUUGAACGAACUCGAAUAGGCUUGGUUGUUGAAUCUGCCGAGCCCCGUGAAGUGCAUCACUUCUGUACACUUGUUGGGUUUGGUGCUGAUGCUAUAUGUCCGUAUUUAGCCAUAGAGGCCAUCUGGAGACUGCAGGUUGAUGGAAAAAUUCCACCCAAAGCAAGUGGUGAGUUCCUCUCCAAGGAUGAGCUGGUCAAGAAGUACUUCAAAGCUAGCAACUAUGGAAUGAUGAAGGUUCUUGCCAAAAUGGGGAUCUCUACUUUGGCCUCAUACAAGGGUGCUCAGAUCUUUGAGGCUGUGGGCCUUUCAUCAGAAGUGAUGGAUAGGUGCUUUGCUGGAACCCCAAGUAGAGUUGAGGGUGCAACUUUUGAAGUGCUUGCCCAUGAUGCACUUCACUUGCAUGAACUGGCAUUUCCUACCCGGGCCUUCCCUACUGGAAGUGCAGAGGCUGUAUCAUUGCCCAAUCCUGGGGAUUAUCACUGGAGGAAAGGUGGUGAGAUCCACCUGAAUGACCCCCUUGCUAUUGCUAAGCUGCAAGAGGCUGCCAGAGGUAAUAGUGUUGCUGCCUAUAAGGAGUACUCCAAGAGGAUACAAGAAUUGAAUAAAACCUGCAAUCUCCGUGGGCUAUUAAAAUUCAAAGAGGCAGAGGUGAAGGUUCCUUUAGAUGAAGUGGAACCGGCCAGCGAGAUUGUGAAACGUUUUUGUACAGGUGCCAUGAGUUAUGGAUCGAUUUCCUUGGAGGCACACACAACUCUUGCCAUUGCUAUGAACAAGAUUGGGGGAAAGUCCAAUACAGGUGAGGGAGGUGAGCAGCCAUCUCGCAUGGAACCCCUUCCAGAUGGUUCAAUGAAUCCAAAAAGGAGUGCUAUCAAGCAGGUUGCAAGUGGAAGAUUUGGAGUUUCAAGUUAUUACCUAACAAAUGCAGAUGAAUUACAGAUAAAAAUGGCUCAGGGGGCCAAGCCAGGUGAAGGUGGUGAACUUCCUGGUCACAAGGUUAUUGGAGAUAUUGCUGUCACUAGGAAUUCAACUCAAGGCGUGGGGCUAAUCAGCCCACCUCCCCACCAUGAUAUCUAUUCAAUUGAAGACCUUGCUCAAUUGAUUCAUGAUCUUAAGAAUGCCAAUCCAGGUGCUCGAAUUAGUGUGAAGUUGGUAUCUGAAGCUGGUGUGGGUGUGAUUGCCAGUGGGGUUGUGAAGGGGCAUGCUGAUCAUGUAUUGAUCUCUGGUCAUGAUGGGGGUACUGGUGCUUCCCGAUGGACUGGCAUCAAGAAUGCUGGCCUCCCAUGGGAACUUGGUCUUGCAGAAACUCACCAAACUCUAGUUGCCAAUGACCUUCGUGGUCGAACAGUCCUCCAGACGGAUGGCCAACUCAAAACUGGAAGAGAUGUAGCUAUUGCUGCACUCCUUGGUGCAGAGGAGUUUGGUUUCAGUACAGCUCCUCUUAUUACACUUGGAUGCAUAAUGAUGCGGAAAUGUCACAAGAACACUUGUCCAGUUGGCAUUGCUACCCAAGAUCCUGUACUUAGAGAGAAAUUUGCUGGAGAACCUGAGCAUGUAAUAAACUUUUUCUUCAUGCUAGCAGAGGAGGUGAGAGAAAUAAUGUCUCAACUUGGAUUUCGGACAAUCAAUGAAAUGGUCGGUCGGUCAGAUAUGCUUGAACUGGAUAAAGACGUUACAAAGAAUAAUGAGAAGCUAAAGAACAUUGAUCUCUCCCUAUUACUCAGACCUGCUGCUGAUAUACGGCCAGAAGCUGCCCAGUAUUGUGUACAGAAACAAGAUCAUGGUUUGGACAUGGCUUUGGAUCAAAAACUUGUAUCUAUGUCCAAAGCUGCUCUAGAAAAGUGUCUUCCAGUGUACAUUGAAACACCAAUUUCUAAUAUCAAUCGCGCUGUUGGAACAAUGCUUAGCCAUGAAGUGACCAAGCGCUAUCACAUGACAGGGCUUCCAGCUGAUACAUUAUAUAUCAAACUCAAUGGAAGUGCAGGCCAGAGCCUUGGGGCUUUCCUCUGCCCUGGCAUUACACUAGAGCUUGAAGGGGACAGCAAUGACUAUGUUGGUAAAGGACUUUCAGGAGGGAAGAUUGUUGUUUAUCCCCCAAGAGGAAGCAAAUUUGAUCCGAAGGAAAACAUUGUGAUUGGCAAUGUGGCACUUUAUGGAGCAACAAGUGGGGAGGCAUACUUUAAUGGAAUGGCAGCAGAAAGAUUUUGUGUUCGUAAUUCUGGGGCUAAAGCUGUUGUAGAAGGUGUUGGUGAUCAUGGGUGUGAGUACAUGACCGGUGGGACUGUUGUUGUGCUUGGAAAAACUGGGAGGAAUUUUGCAGCAGGCAUGAGUGGUGGCAUUGCCUAUGUUCUUGAUGUGGAUGGCAAGUUCCAAUCCCGGUGCAAUAUUGAGCUGGUAGAUCUUGAUAAAGUUGAAGAAGAAGAAGAUAUUAUGACACUCAGGACGCUCAUACAACAGCAUCAGCGCCACACAAAUAGUCAAUUAGCCAGAGGUGUGCUUGCUGAUUUUGAGAAUAUUUUACCAAGAUUUCUGAAGGUGGUCCCUAGAGAUUAUAAGCGGGUAUUGGCUAAGAUGAAAGAAGAUGAAAUCACCAAGGAGGCUGAAUCAAGGGCUGCUCGAGAAGCUGCUGAACUAGAGGAGGCAGAAUUGAUGGAGAAAGAUGCUUUUGAAGAACUCAAGAAAUUGGCAUCCUUGUCUUCUGAUGGGAAUGGCCAUCAGAAAGUUGAGGAAGUUGAACCAUUGAAAAGGCCAACUCAAGUUCCUGAUGCUGUGAAGCAUAGAGGAUUUGUUGCUUAUGAGCGUGAGAGCAUCUCAUACAGGGAUCCUAAUGUUCGGAUGAAUGACUGGAAGGAAGUCAUGGAAGAAGUCAAACCCAGUGCCCUUCUGAAGACACAAUCUGCUCGCUGUAUGGACUGUGGUACUCCCUUCUGCCAUCAAGAGAACUCAGGAUGUCCUCUUGGGAAUAAGAUACCUGAAUUCAACGAGUUAGUUUACCAAAAUAGAUGGCGUGAAGCAUUAGAUCGUCUUCUGGAGACUAAUAACUUCCCGGAGUUUACUGGUCGGGUAUGCCCUGCACCUUGUGAGGGUUCUUGUGUUCUUGGUAUUAUUGAGAAUCCUGUAUCGAUAAAAAGCAUUGAAUGUUCCAUCAUUGAUAAGGCUUUUGAGGAAGGGUGGAUGGUGCCACGACCUCCCCAAAGAAGAACUGGGAAAAAAGUUGCUAUUGUUGGGAGUGGACCUUCUGGCUUGGCUGCUGCUGAUCAGUUGAAUAAAAUGGGUCACUCUGUGACAGUUUUUGAGCGUGCUGACCGGAUUGGGGGCCUCAUGAUGUAUGGAGUUCCCAACAUGAAGGCUGAUAAAGUAGAUAUAGUUCAACGACGGGUUGACCUUAUGGUUAAGGAGGGAGUCAAUUUCGUGGUUAAUGCCAAUAUUGGAAACGAUCCCCCUUAUUCCCUAGAUCGGCUUCGUGAGGAGAAUGAUGCAAUUAUUUUGGCUGUAGGAGCAACAAAACCAAGGGAGCUACCAGUACCUGGGAGGGAGCUCUCAGGGAUCCAUUUUGCCAUGGAGUUUCUACAUGCAAAUACCAAAAGUUUGCUUGAUAGCAAUCUCCAGAAUGGUAAAUACAUCUCUGCCAAGGGCAAGAAGGUAGUGGUUAUUGGUGGAGGUGACACUGGUACGGACUGCAUAGGAACAUCAUUACGACAUGGUUGCAGUAGCAUUGUAAAUCUGGAGCUUCUCCCUGAGCCUCCACGAACCAGGGCUCCAGGCAACCCUUGGCCACAGUGGCCUCGCGUAUUCCGUGUGGAUUAUGGGCACCAGGAAGCUUCUGCCAAGUUUGGCAAAGACCCGAGGUCUUAUGAGGUAUUAACGAAGAGGUUUGUGGGAGAUGAGAAUGGGGUUGUGAAAGGACUUGAAGUUGUACGCGUCCAAUGGGAGAAGGAUGCCAGUGGAAGGUUUCAAUUUAAAGAAGUUGAAGGCUCUGCGGAGAUGAUUGAAGCUGACUUAGUCCUGCUAGCUAUGGGCUUCUUAGGCCCUGAAUCGACGCUAGCAGACAAACUGGGCUUGGAGCGAGACAACCGGUCAAACUUCAAGGCAGAGUAUGGCCGCUUCUCAACCAGUGUGGAGGGUGUCUUUGCUGCAGGGGACUGUCGGCGCGGUCAGUCUCUGGUGGUGUGGGCCAUCUCAGAAGGUCGGCUAGCUGCUGCUCAGGUCGACAAGUUUCUCAUGAAAGAAGAGAAAGGCCACGUGAGCAACCUAGGAAGACAAGACGAUGUUGUCCAGAGGCAGCAGGGCAGCAGCAAACAGACAGUGAUGACGUAGUUACUGUUGUUUUGGCUUCGCAUAUAGGGUCAGGUACAAAGAACUAAGUUAAUUUACUUGUAGGAAGCUGCUUUCAGUUCAAUCCUCUAAGCAAGAUGCCCAAAAUCAAACACGCAAGUUGAGAGGGAAUAGGGAACUCAAAACAAGAACAAAGGUGCAUUUUCAGGAUUGGUUUGUGAUUUCUGUUCGUUCGUUCUUUGUUUAUAGUCUUCCUUUCCGUUGUUUGGAAGGUGGCUCGUGGCCGUUAAAAGGAAUAAUGUACAGUUUGUUCUUUGUUUGAUCUUUUAAUGGAAAUUAAUGCACGGGGAAUUUUAUCAGAAA